UGGUCGUUUCUAUAGCCACAGCUACUUUAUUAAAAUGAUAAUUUUGGUUUGAUUGCUCUUUACUAUUUAUUUUGCAAGAAUUAUCGUUCACCGAAAAAAGCAAAAUAAUCCAAUUCAAGCUUCCAAAUAAAUAAAAAAUAUAAAACCAAAAUCAAGUACAAAAGUCAGUUUAAAGUGCUUACGUCAAAAGUCAAAAUGCCUGAUGCCAGUUGAAAAGUUUACUAUGUCGGGAUUUACAGAGAGCGCGUUUAUGAAGAAACUCGCUGAGUGUAAUAAUUCAACACAAAGUAUUCAAACUUUAUCCUUUUGGUUGAUUCAUCACAGAAAACACCAUGUCCAAAUUGUGAAAACCUGGUACAAGGAGCUGCUUAGAGCGAAAGAUAGUAAGAAGUUAACGUUCAUGUAUCUGGCCAAUGAUGUUAUUCAAAACAGUAGAAAGAAAGGACCCGAGUUCGGCAAGGAAUUUGCAGUUGUUUUGGGAAAGGCCUUCGAGCAUUUAUCUUCCAUAGGGUACGAUGAAAAAAUGAAAUCUAGUCUAGGUAGGUUGCUUUCAAUUUGGGACGAGCGGGGAAUUUACGACGAUCUUCAAUUGACUGAAUUCAAGCAAGCAUUAUUACUACCACCCACUAAGCCGCCUCUAAAACGAGCAAAGACUGAUAAUAACGGACAGGCUAAAAAACGCAAGGGCAGUCCGAAUCGAGAACGGAAAAAGUCGGAAACCGAAGUUACGGUGGAAGUCGACGGUACCGUCGAGACGCACGUACAUUUAAGCCCGAGAACGCCUGCCACGGAUCCGCCGGAACCUGAGGAGCUAGUCAAAGCACUGCAAGAGUUGGAGGGUAAUUUGGCGUCCGCCGACGAGGUAGUUCGACAGAAGGUGUCCCAGCUUCCCAGAAGUGUUUCCGAUAUAACUCUAUUAGAGGAAAUUCAAGAUAGAAGUGCGGCCGAGAGGUUAAAUGUGCAAGUGACUGACGCGAUGACUUUAAUUGACGGCUAUAAUGCGCGAUUGACUAGGGAAGUAGAAUUACGGAAGAAAGUUACGGUAAUGUUAGCCGAAUUUCUGCAAGUACAAAAGGAUCUUUUAUCACAAGCGGAGCAGGCCUUAGAGGAGUAUACGGAUAAAUUACAAAAAGUAUUUGCGGUGCGCCACGAGUUGAAGACACACAUUCGAAAUCUUCCAGACUUGACAAGGCUGCCGGAUGUUACACACGGAUUGUCUCCUUUGCCAUCGGCGGGAGAUCUUUUUAAAAUACCAAACUGAUUAGUUAAUGUUAUUUUCGCUGAGUACAUUUUAGUAGACGAUUUAGUUCUGUUUUGGACACCCAAAGUUUGAAGAACAUUUGUUGUCUAAAACACGAUUAAUACCUUAAUCUGUAAUGGUGCAAAGCAUGUAAGGAGGAAAACUUAGCAACAUGUACCUAAUAUGUUAUUACAUCAUUAUCAUGUAAGGGGUGUUGUAUUGUACAAUCAAUAAAACAUGUAAAUUUG